AUGGCGUUUCGUGGUACAGAAAGUCCCAUGGACUUUGAAUGGCAGGGCCACGGUCCUGUCGAUCCCACCUCUCCCUACCAUAAACGCGUUCUCGAGAUGCAGGCCAAAAAGCGUACUCACAGCGAGUUUGAAUCUCCCGAGAAACCAACAAUGCCGGCGCUCCGCCAACCCAACAACCAGCCCUUCUUCUUCUCAGACACCCCAGCACCGCCGCCUGAAUCCUCUCCUUUUCGCACUCCCUCAUUUACAACCCCUCGGAAACCGUUUGAUAUCGACUUCUCAUCCCCGCCCGACAAUUCCUCGCCGCUGGCACCAACAGACAAUGAGAACACGCCGGACGCUACACCGAUACCCAUCGAGUUCAAAAGCGGCCCUUCAAAAUCAGAGAACAAGAGAAGUUCGUUAUUUGGUCUCUACGGCAGAUUUGCUCCAAGCCCCGGAAGAGGAGAGAUCAGAAAGCCGACGAGCGAUGCCGUUGCGAGACGGAUCCAUAAGAAGCGACGGCGCGCUCAGCAAUUUGACAGACAAUUGAUGACAGGCAGAAAGGGUUCCUUGGAUGACAGCGAUGACGAGAGUACCCCAAGUCCGACUGAGCCAGAACCAAAGAAACCGCCGGCGAAAGACGCAGGGUGGAUCACCGGAUUGUUCACAUUCAUCCACACAUACCCCGAUGCACCGUCUAUUAUCGCCAAAUACCUCCAGGUUUUUUUUAACGCCGCGAUCCUCGGUGGUUGCCUGUAUAUGUUUUGGUCGUUUUAUGCCACCAUUCAGGCCGAUGUGGACCGAGCGAGCGAAGAUGCCAUGGCCGAAGUGUUAGCGGAGAUGGCGGCGUGCUCCAAGAACUUUAUCGAAAAUCGAUGUGCUGCUGAUACCAGGCUGCCAGCUUUAGAAGCAGUGUGCAGCAAUUGGGAGUUGUGUAUGAAGCGGGAUCCUAGCGCUGUGAAGCGAGCGAGACUGAGUGCACAUACAUUCGCAGAAAUCUUCAACAGCUUUGUCGAGCCCAUCAGCUUAAAAACCAUGAUCUUCACCAUCACCCUGGUUGUGGUGGGUUUGGUGGUGAACAACGCCACAUUUACCCUAUAUCGGCGACAACAAGAGACCCAGCAUAUCUACCGAGCACCCUCUGGAUCAUAUGCGCACCCUCAGCAACACCCCGUACAAAUAGCUCAGUUUCCACUCUCUCCGGCGGCACCCUACGGUCAACACCCAUAUGUGGGCUGGCACGGUGAUCCUGGGUUUGGCGGCCAGCAGCAGUUGGAAUAUCCUCGAAGUCCCAGCAAAGAGCAUCGAGCACGGAGCAGAAGUCCAGAGAAGAAGAGAAUUCAACUCUGA